CUCCACGUGUUGUGCUCAGCCUGGAAGCCCGUCCCCUUCAAAUCCCCGCCGGAGGAGGAGGCGUGUAGGGCUUUUUCUACCUGUGUUAGAAUACCUGGCUGCUGACACUGGAUCAGUAUGGACCGGGCUUAAGAUGCGCAAAUGCUUCAAAUAGAGCCAAAUCCACGGGGUUGGCGAGGCACCGUAUGCGCAACUAGCUGCAAGGCGCAACAAAUUGGAAUUGCUAAUUAGGCUCCGCCGUGAGAGAAGGACGAAUAGGAGGCACUUCCUCCAAGAACUCAUUCACCUUUCACGUCCGAGCCUCUCUCCGCUUUCAUUUUGGAGUUGUCGGGCACCUUUGACGUCGUCGCCAGCAUCUCACCUGCGCCGCAGGACCAUGGAUUUCGCGCGUCCCACGCUUUCAGAGUCGCUUCAGCUUGGCGUCGCGGAAGCCAGGCGGCAAACGUGCAUCUGGAAGGGUUAACCUGCCGACGCUAACCGAGAGCGCGGCCGCUUACGGUGCAUGGCCUCUGGACCGAGUGCUACCGAUCAUGCACAAGCCCCUCCGACCGCGGAGAGUCUACGCGUUCCUGUGUUUUGGCAUCAUUUACCUGCGACUUGGGGCCCUGUCCUCGGUGGUGGCUCUGGGUGCCAACAUCAUCUGCAACAAGAUUCCCGGGCUGGCACCUCGCCAGCGGGCCAUCUGCCAGAGCCGCCCGGACGCCAUCAUUGUUGUGGGCGAAGGCGCCCAGAUGGGCAUCAAUGAGUGUCAGUACCAGUUCCGAUAUGGCCGUUGGAACUGUUCGGCGCUGGGAGAAAGGACAGUCUUCGGUCAGGAGCUUCGAGUAGGGAGUCGGGAAGCAGCUUUCACCUAUGCCAUAACGGCGGCAGGGGUGGCCCACGCCAUCACAGCGGCGUGCAGCCAGGGCAACCUGAGCCAAUGCGGCUGCGACCGGGAAAAGCAGGGCUAUUACAAUCAGGAGGAAGGCUGGAAGUGGGGAGGCUGCUCGGCUGACAUCAAGUAUGGCAUCGAGUUCUCUCGGCGCUUUGUGGAUGCCCGUGAGAUUAAAAAGACGCCGCGCCGCCUGAUGAACUUGCAUAACAAUGAGGCAGGAAGAAAGGUUCUAGAAGAAAGGAUGAAGCUGGAGUGUAAGUGCCAUGGUGUCUCAGGCUCCUGCACCACCAAGACCUGUUGGACUACACUUCCUAAAUUUCGCGAGAUUGGCUACGUACUCAAGGACAAGUACAACGAAGCUGUUCAUGUGGAAGUUGUUCGGGCUAGCCGACUGCGCCAGCCCACCCACCUCAAGGUAAAGCAGACUCAGGGCUACCGCAAGCCCAUGGAGACAGACCUUGUGUACAUUGAGAGGUCACCAAACUACUGCGAGGAGGACGCAGCCACGGGAAGCGUGGGCACCCAGGGACGUUUGUGCAACCGCACUUCUCCAUAUACAGACGGCUGCGACCUUAUGUGUUGUGGACGGGGUUACAAUACACAUCAGUACACCAAAGUGUGGCAGUGUAAUUGUAAGUUCCAGUGGUGCUGCUUCGUCAAGUGCAACACAUGCAGUGAGAGGACGGAGGUGUUUACCUGCAAAUAAAAACACAAGGAAAUUACUGCCGGACAUGAGGCACCAAGGACAAGCUGAAUGAGAAAGACUCGAUAGAGGGAGAUGAAAGUGGAACUCGGACCUGUGACGGAUUUUGAAUUAAAGGAAUGGGAUUUACACUAUCAGCUCUUCAUGGCAUCGUUUUGCACAGCAGAAUCUAUGUAAUUGCUUUUCAGAAAGUCAAUGCGAAAUAUCAGUAGGUAAUACCCCAAAACCUUUCUGUUGCAUAGGGAUUGUGCUUAUGUACUGACAUAUCCACAGUGAAGCUGGGACUACAGGUAAUAAAUAAGCCCCCCUGAGGGAACUGUGCUUUGCACUCUGGGAUUUGUAAUUGGUAAAUUCACAAGAGACUUUUUGAUGGAGAAAAAAACCCAAUGACCAAGGAGGUGAAAUCAAUGGAAACAGCUGAUGAGGGUCAACUGUUAGUUUAUUGAAAACCUUUAAAGAUUUUGUUGUUCAACUAUAGAGGAAAAAGUGAAUCUUGGCGUGAAUGACCCUGCGAAUUGGCUGACGCUUAUGUUUGGGGUUUGCAGAAGUGAAGAACAUUUUGUGAGUAUGGUGUGUUGGGGUACACCAAAAAAAAAGGAGAAUUCUGUUAAACCCUCUGCUGCCAACUGGAAUAUGGUGGAGUAUGUUAGAUUUCCAGUUACACUGGAAUUGUCUGUUCUGAACACUGAAAUAAAUUGUUUAUUUAUGUUAUAGUAUCUUAAAACGAAGCACUAACGGGUAGAGAUCUCUUUUUUGUACUAAGUGUAAAGAAAAUUACUUUUUAGAAACUCUGACUGAAGAUGUGUGUCUAUUAGAAUGAAUCCCUAAAACACCUUGUCUGUUCUUUAAAAAAAGAGAAUUGAAAAAAAGGUCUCCUUGCUACUGGUAUGUUAAAAACUAAAGAUAUUACAGUGUGUUUCAUCUUCAAACACAUUGGUUAUAUUUUACUGUAGCAUAGUUGGUUUAGAGCCCCCUUCCCCACCUCUGGUUGGCUGUUUUUGGAAUUUCACUAAAGCAACAAUAGUAAGAAAACUAAACACUGCAGAGAUCUUUUCCCAAACCAUUAAACAUAGAACUGAUCUUUUGCUGGAUGUGUUGUCGAGUGCUGCACUGAUACUUUCUAUUCAAAUACAACUUAUGAAAACUAAAUAAAUGCUCAUGUCACUCAGUUUGGCAGUUUGUUGCUAAAUGUCAACUGAAAUUGAAUCUGGUUAAAUUCAUCUAAAAAUAAUUGCAAAGGUGCAAGGCAUAGAGUUGUUUAUAAAAUGAGAGAAAUAACCAAAGACAAGGGGUUAAGGAGGUUUUAUUAUUGUAGCAUGAUGUGGAGUCAGACUAAACUUUACUGCUAAACACUAGGGCCACACUGCAGGAUAGAGGGUCAGAUGAUGAGGGACAAAACAGGCCUAUUCUGGACAUUAAACAAGCCACUUUCACAACGAUGUUUGAAUUUUACCAUCUCAAUUGUUUUUCUUUGUGUAGUGUGGUAUAAUUACCAUAGUUGUACGAUAAAACUAGAUGUUUCACCACAGUUUCAAUGUCCAUGUCAAGCCAACUGCUUACAGCGCCAAACGGUGCACUUUUAAGAGUGGGAUUGAUUUUCUCAUAUAACCUUUUAAGUGAAUAUAAGCACAUUUUACAAAGGUCCUUUAAUUUAUGCAGUGUGGUAAGAUGGUAAAUCAACCAUGAAAUAACACAACUUUAGGCGGAGAAUGUUUAGUGCUCUUGGGCACUUUCUGUUGUAAACAUUUGUUUUUAUAUAAUAUUCAUGUUGUUGCCAUCUAUUAAGCUUCAGUCUACAAUAUUUUUCCACGGUCAUGUAAUGUUUACAGGUUGUCAUUUUGGAUUGAUAUAUUAAUUGGUUUAGAAUGUAUUGUAACAUUUGCACAUUAAUAACAUCCACUUUGCCUAAUCAGACUAUUUAGUAAAUACAAACUCCACUUCCAAAAGUUGGGAUUUUUUCUAAAUAAAAUCUGUGAUUUGAUUUCCCUUUAUUUAUCUAACAAAAAACGUUUAGUGUUUCACCAACAAACUGAAUUUUGCUAAUUUAAACAUAUUUUGUUUCAUGACUGCAACAUGAUCAAAGAGACAAAACUAUGUUCAAUCGCACAACCUUCCAACAGAUUAUUUCUCAGGCAGUGUUGCUUGAGAAGAUAUUUUUUGACCCAAUCUGCCAAUGCAUUCAGAAGUUCAAUCUGAAACUGCUACACUAAGAAAACCAUACAUCAGUACCAUGCAGAAAUGCCACUGCAUAUCAACAAUUCCAGCAAAAAUUUAAAGCUAUCAUUUUACUAAAUUGUCUCCCUUCGAAGAAAAGUUCAUGCAUUAAAUCUUGUCCUUGUGUGCAUCCAAGUUUGAAGCCAAACUUUAUGUGGAAUGGGUUGUUCAAACAUUCUAACCACACUUCCAUGUACUAGCUGGCAAAUGGCAUUAGGAAGCAUACAUCAUUAAAAAUCUAAAAUCUAAAUGAAGCAGUGACAUUUUGUAUACAGCACAUGUCCGUAAUAUGCUGUGGUUCUUUGCCUUGAUUGUGGUACGCAUGGAACAGUCAAUUAUGUCUUUCAGCAUGGAACUCGUCUUCCGUGUGUGUCAAACAGAUAUGUGAUCAGAAAAACGAAUAUAAGCAAAAAAGGGAAGAACAGCAAAUAGCAGAGUUUGGAAGUUAGGAUUCUGAUUGAACAUGAAUGCUAACAAAAAGAAUUCCUAAAUGUGAUUAUUUUGCAGUUUGGAACCAUAUUUUAUUUCACAAUCAAAAGCUAGAUAUGUUGUCUGGGUUAACCAGGAUGCAUUAUUUUCUAUUGUGGUUGAAACAGUACAUACAUGCACUUCAGAAUCCAUGGUUGUCAGGGCUAACUAAAUCAGGACUGAGAGUCCUGGAUGACAGAAUAACUGUCUGGAUAUUCAAGCCACUCAUGGCUCCUGUGUUGGCAGAGUUGUUGGGAGUCACUAAGUGGGAAGAGGACCUUCAUGCAAAUGACCUGAUGUGAAUGGGAAGUGGCUCAGUGCACCUCUUGUUUUCAGACACACAAACAAGAGCGCAGUUCUUUUGUGAGGGUGUUUUUGAGAUGGAUGGGAUGGCUUGAUGAAGCAAGGAGGUGCAUGUGUGUGUGUAGCCGGAAACUGCAAUGAAAAGAGUGGCUAUUUGGAAGAAGAGCUAAUUGAGAGUGGUUUGCAGGAGUGGGUACACUGUGUGAUUGCUGCUGCAGCUGUUGGGGUCUGUAGAAUACACGGUACAUCAUCAUCAUGUAAUUAUUCCUGAAAUUCACACACACACACACACACACACACACACACACACACACACACACACACACACACACACACACACACACACACACACACACACACACACACACACACACACACACACUUUCUUUGUAGUUUUAUCUAUAAUGGUGUUGAUCAAAUGUAUGAUUUAUUUUAGCCUGUGACAAUUUGAAAUCCGAUACCUCUAAUUGUUUAUAACUCAUCAUUCACCAAUUACCAUUCUAGACAUAAUCACUGUCAAUGGUUCCAUUCAGCUCUUUCUAUGCAGUUGCUCUGUGAAAGAGAGUCAUGCUACUUCAUUCAUUUGCAGGACGCUCCCACUUGUCCUCCUGUAUGUGAAAAGCUUUGUAGGAGAGCAGCAGAGCAGAAGUAAGAUGGGUUUUGUUAGCUGUCUGAAGCCAUGGGGACCGGAACCGCACAAGCUCCCCAUGCUUUGCCCUGGACUGAGUAAAAUAUAUCCAUUUGUUUCUGAAAAACAUUUUCUCAUUAAAAAUUAUGAGUUAGAAAAACA